GAUCGUGAUCUCACUUUAGCUAGAGAGUCUGGACGCAGCAGUGUACACAAACUUCAUUGGAUCCUCUCUCUCUCUCAUCCCCAUUCCAAACUCAACUCAACAAAAGAACCCAAACAGCAAAGCUCAAACUACUUCACCCAUAACUUCCCCACAACACAAUGAAGAAAACCCACAAAUGCCUGUUGUACAUAGUAAUCGGAAUCAUUCUCCAAACAGCUAUCAUUCUCAUCUUCGUCCUGACUUUCAUGCGGGCUCGGACCCCGAAACUCCGGUUCGGCUCAGUCUCUGUCCAAACUCUCACCACCAACUCCUCUACUUCCUCCCCUUCCUUCACCAUGAAACUAAACACCCAAAUUACAGUAAAAAACACCAACUUCGGCAAAUUCAAAUUCGGCGAUUCCACCGCCACGAUGUAUUACAAAGGAAUCCCCAUCGGCGAAGCUGCUAUCGGUAAAGGGAAAGCGAAGGCUCGGUCGACCAAGAAAGUGGAUGUCAGUGUGAGUUUGAGCUCGAAUAAGGUGACAUCGGGGAAUUUGAAUUUGGCGAGUGAUUUGAAUUCCGGGAAAUUGAGGUUGACUAGUCAAGGUACGUUGAAAGGGAAGGUGCAUUUGUUGAAGGUGAUUAGGAGGAAGAAAACUGCGGAAAUGAAUUGCUACAUGGAUGUUAAUACCAAGACAAAGGCGGUUGAGAAUUUGCAUUGCAAGUGAUGAAUUUUUCUUCUGUCUUUUUGGAGUACAAAAGUGCUCGGUACAAAGAAAGUAUACCCGAAAUUACCCUGAAUACACUUUUAAAGGUAUUUAUAACUGUUAAUAGAUUUUUAUUAGCAGUAAGAAAUUCCUGUUCUGAGCGAUUUCGGGGUAUAUUUUCUUUGUACCUAGCAUCUCUUUUAUUGGUGUGUUUGUUGGUUUGGGUUUUCUAGAAGAAGGUUGAGGUUUGAUUGCUGAAAACAUGAACCCUUCUUGUGUGUUUGAGUUUUGAUUUUAAUAUUUGUUGUUGUGUUCUUU